AUGACUUCUUCGAAAUCCUUUGAUGGCUUUGGCCGGGACGAGGUAGUGUCUGAAUUAGAACUAGAAUCCCUGCUGUUAGAUGAAAGAGUUGGUGAGCGAGAUGCCGACAUAGACUCUCAUAUCAGCUCUAAAUUCCGCCGGUCGAAGCAUGCUCGUAAUUGGGGCCGAAAACUAAGGAUUCCCGUGGCACGAAAGAGUAUCGGAGUACCGAUAUGUCGAACUGCAAGGAGGCAGAACUGUACUAGAAGAGGGCUGAGAUACCUAAUCUUCAUACUUGCAGUUGCCGCUGGAACCUAUAUUGGCCUUUUCGUAUUUACUGUCCUCCCAUGGCUCAGCCCGGACCCCUUCGAUGAUGCCUUUGAACCUUUUCGCCAGCACUCCGAUCGAAUCUCUGUUGACUCUCCCUAUUAUCCUACACACUACAUCCAAAGUGUGCUGCCUGUGGCAAGUUUUAAUCCGUGCCAUUCGCACAACGAUUACUGGCGCCGAACGCCCCUGUACGCGGCCUUGGGUUCUGGCUGCAUCAGUGUUGAAGCCGAUGUAUGGUACUUUGAAAAUGACCGACGAGAGCCAGAGUUGUUUGUGGGACACACUACUGCAACUCUGAGUGAUAACGCGACCCUUCGAACCAUGUACAUCGAUCCGCUGAUAACCGUCAUCGAGCGUAUGAAUGCACCCAACAAAAUUGCGGGGCCAAGCGCCACCCCUCAUGGCGUUUUCUACCAAGACCCGGACCAGGCGUUGACUCUUCUGAUCGACUUCAAGACUGACGGCGUCGACACAUUUCUUCAGGUCCAAGAGCAGCUUGCUCCUCUCCGAGGUCGCGGCUGGCUUACGACCUGGAAUGGCACCACCCGAACCGAAGGAUUGGUUACUAUCGUGGCUACCGGGAACGCGCCUUUCGACCUCCUUGUUGCCAACACAACCUAUCGAGAUAUCUUCUACGACGCUCCUCUCGAUGCGCUCGAAGAUGCCUCUGAUCGCGACCCACAGCCAGGGGAUCCACAUGGCUUCUCACCAUACGGGUUUAAAUACAACCCAUCCAACUCGCAUCUAGCGUCCGCGCCUUUCAUCCGCGCUCUUGGUGUCAAUAAAGUUACCUUUUCGGCUCCACACAUCUGGGGCCCUCCACUCUCCGAAGAGCAAGCUCUCAUAAUACGCCAGCAAAUAUCGAAUGCACGCACCCGGGGUCUAGUUCCUCGGUAUUGGGGUACACCGCGGUGGCCACGAGCCUUACGAGACAGAGUCUGGGAAGUGUUGUAUGAUGAGGGAAUUGGACUGUUGAAUGUGGAUGACUUGAGAGCUGCGAGGAAGGGCCAUUGGGGUGGCAAGUAA